UUCAGAAUUAAUCGUGAAUGAGUCAAGAUAUUUAGCUGAAGGGCGAAAAGAUUUAGAGAAAAAAGCUGAUAAACCUACUAAUAUUAAUGUUGAUAAUUUCGGAGUUAGGGGAAGUAAAAAUAAGUGUGCUAUAAAUAUUGAAGAAAAACGUGGAAAUAAUUGUGAAGGAAUAAGUAAAUUGUUUGUAGGGUGUACAAAAGGUUUAAAAAAGUUUUGGAAUAAAAUUAGGUGUGAUUCUUUAUGUAAUGAAAAAAUCGAUUCAAAUAGUGAUAAUAAUUAUAAUAAUGAUAAUAAUAUUGAAAAUAAUACUUGUAGUGUUAAUAAUGAUUUAUUAGAAAAUGAAUUCGAAAUAAAGGAUGUAAAUGUUAAAGAAGUUGAUGAUGAUAUUAUAUCUAGGGAUAUUAAUAAAAAUUGUGUAAAUGAAAUAAAUAAUAUGAACAAAGAAAAGGAUUCAAAAAUUAUUUAUACCUGGGAUUUAGGUAGAGAAUCCUUAGGGAAAUUAUUAGAUUCUUCAAAGAAUUUUAGUAUAAAUGGAGUUAAAUAUGAUGACUGGGAAGCGACACCAAUACCUACAUGUGGAGCUUCUAGGGAUAUGGAAAAAUGCCAAAAGAUGUAUAAGGUGGUUAUAAAAUCGAAGGAGAAGGACGAUAAAGUGGGUAAUAAAAUAAGAAUGGGAAAUUGUAAUGAUUGUGAUAAAAUUAAAGGAAAAGAUAAUGAAGAGGAGUGUGAUGAAAUAAAAUUAUUUAUGAAAAAAGUACCUAUUGAUGUAUGGGUAAAGCAGUAUGAUUUGAUGAAAGAAUAUGAUGGAGAAUAUUUGUCAGUAGGGGAGAAUUUUGUAAUGGAGAGUGUAGUGUUAGCAUUUUUAAAUGAAUAUCAUCCGGAUAUAGCACCGAAAUUUUAUAAAUUUUUAUAUGAGCCGGAUGUGAACAGUGGCUUAAAUAAUAAAUGUGAUGAAAAGAACACAUAUGUAGUACAUCUUGAUAGAAAUUUAGAUGCAUUUAACGAAACACUAAGAGAACAAGUAAAUAAUAAUAAAAAAGGUUAUGUUGUAAUGGUAUCUGAAUUUUUUGGUGAAGAUGUUUUUGAUUAUACCAUUAGCGAAAAGGAACGAAUAGAAACAGAGGAAUGGUUUGAAGAUGUAAAAAAGAUAUUAUUUAAAUCACUGAAAUUAUUAAUAAGAUUACAUGAUGUUGGUAUCACUCAUCUUGAUUUAACACCUGAAAAUGUUUUAAUUACAAAAAAUUUCGAUAUAAGAUUUUGUGAUUUUGGUAAAAGCGCACCACUAUAUACCACCAAAUUAAGACACACAAAAGAAAUGAAUAAAAUGAUUUUAUUUGAAUCAUGCCAACCAAAUAUUGGAAAAAAUCCGAACACACCCCCAGAAUGCUGGGAUUUAUUUUUAAAAUACGAAUCAUUAAACGUUGAAGAUCCUUUAGAAUAUUUAAAAACAAUUAAAGAUCCAGAAGAAAGAAAAAUUUAUUAUUUUGAUGUAAGAAGUGCUGAUAAAUAUAUGCUUGGUAUAUUUUUUAUCUUCCUGUGGAAUGAUGGAUAUUUAUGGGAUUCAGCAGAAAUGGAAGAUGAUGACUACUCUAAGUUUAUAAAAAGUAAUAUGGAUUUUGAUUCCUUUGAAUUAACAAAAAAUUGGCCUCAGGGGUUAAAGGUUAUCCUGAAGCAAUUGUUAGAUGAGAACAAUAGGAAGAAUUUAAAUUUUAAUGAUCUGGUUAUACACCCUUGGUGGUCUUAUAAGAAUUAA